AUGGCGUUGGCUGCUCAUCUCACCUGGAAGAUCAUCGACUCGGGCCCCGUGGACGAGCUGGAGCCGCCCUCGACCCAAGCGCUCGCUGCGACGAUCGAGAGCACCAUCCUCAAGGAUGGCACGGAGCCUAUGACGCCCGUCCCUGCAGAUUUCAGUCCGAACAUCGGAGGGGGUAAGCGGUUGAGGGAUGAAGGUUUAACGCCUAAACGCUUCCGAGUGGUUGUAAAGAAACAGGUGUUCAACUCGGUUUAUGGAGCCAAGUAUAGUCUUCAACUUUGCUUUGAUCGGUCGCCGUACCCGGGUGUGGAGGAGUGGUUGUCUGGUUUUGGCGUUAUGGUUGAGUCGAUUCGGUCGUUUGGUAGGACUGUUUUUGUGGGUGGAGAGAUGGAUGAGCAAAGGAGAGAGGGAAAAGCGUUCUAUGGCCCACGGGCGAGGGUUUGA